AUGCAGCACUCGGCCAUGACCAAUCCUGCACUUGGGUUGUUGACAGUUCCAUCCGGCCCUGAGGUGUCAGAUUUCAAUGCGUCUUUCUUGCAGCUUGGGGAUAGAUUCCUCACGUACACAGGCCUAUCCCAGCAUAUCAACUAUCACAACCCUCUGCCUGAUACAUCUGUUUCGCACUCUGAGCUCUUCAAUUGGGUUAUCCACCCAUACUCAACCAUCGACUUCGAGCGUCUACUCACUAAACACGAUCUUCUUGAUUGCUACCCUCAUCUGAUUCAUAAUCUGACACACGGUUUUCCGCUGGGACGUCUUCCUAUUCUUGAUCACACAAUUGUUAUCUCAAAUCACAUGUCAGCUCGAGAACACCCCAAGGCUGUUGCAGAGUAUCUCGAGACAGAACUAGGUGCUAAUCGCAUGUCUGGACCCUUCUCCCUCUCCGAGAUGGAAGCAAUCUGCCGUGGCCCAUUCUUUGCUUCUCCGCUCAUUGUCGCCAUUCAAGAUCAAGGUCCUGGUUUGCCCCCGAAUAAGCGAGUCUGUUGCAAUCUUUCCAAGGACAAUCUGGCCACCUUUCACCCUAGUGUCAACGCUUUCAUCAACAAAGAGGAUUUCCUGACUCGUUUUGACUCACCUUUCAUUGUUGCGGAUCUGGUAGCCUCAUCUCCGCCUGGCACACAGGCUUGUGCUUUUGACAUCAAGUCGUUUCAUAGAACGUGCCCUGUUCUUCCUGAUCACAAGCCAUUUCUCGUGGUCAGUGUCAACAACAAAUUCUAUUUGGAUCACUGCUUUCCUUUUGGUGUGGCAUCGGCAAGCAGCAACACCGGCCAGAUUUGUAAUGCACUGGUGGAUAUCUGGUGUGCAGAGACCCAGGCACAGUCUUUGGGCCGUCUGGAUACUCUGAAAUACAAGGAUGAUCUCUCAAAGAUCCGCUUUCCUGUUCAAGGUGGCCCAUGUUUUGCAUAUGCAUUCGACCGCAAAUCGGUGCUUUCCCCGAUUGACUGUCUUGGCGUUCCAUGGCAUCCUACAAAGAUGGGAUCCAUGUUUGUCAACGUCAUGACAUUCAUCGGCUUCCAAUGGGACUUCCCUCGUCGUCAGGUGUCUUUACCGAACAAAAAGAGGUUGAAGUUUCUUGGCCGGGUGCAGACCAUCCUCAACGGUGCCCAGGAAUCAAAAAAGUUCUCCCUGCUGGAGAUACAACAGAUUCAUGGCUCG